AUGGGUCCAAACAAAGGAUUGAUUCGUUUUCCCUUUGUACCUUCCAAUGUGACUGAUGCCUCUAGCUAUCUAUUUGUUGCAAAGUCAAAAUUUAGUUUCCUUCAAAGGAAGGUGGUCCAAAUGAUGGCCAUCCAGAAUUGUGACACUGCUCACUGCAAGUCAUGUGCCACCCUCCUCUGCACCAUACCUAUCAUUCAAAACCUCCUUUAUAAAGAAUCAGCAGCAGUAGCAGCAUGGAAGCAAUUGAAUGUGGUAUAUUCAAUGGCACACCUACAGCAUUCCUUCAACAGAGGUUGUCUUGUGAGGAGAAAUCAAAAUGUUGUGUCUGCUGACAAAUGUGUCGUUUUAUUGGAAAUUCAAUCAGGAACAAGAGAUUCAGAACUGGAAGCCUUGCAGAGAGAGCACGAAGAGAAGAAUUUGAAAAUUGAAGAGCUGAAGAGACAGAUUGAAAUGGCAAAGCGUAGGCUGGAAAAGAAGAAAGAGGUGAAGGAGGAGCAAAUGGGAGGUUUCAAUAACCUAAGCAAGAAAUAUAACAGCCUGAGAGAGGAAUACAAUGCAAUGCUAGCUGAGAAAUUAAGGAAAUCAAAGUAA